UGGGAUGAAGUGAAGGUCAAGAUUACCGAGAAGCUCGCUGAACAUCUCAAGCUUAAGAAACCUGAUCUCUCGGACUACGAACUCACAUUCUCGGUACCUCGGCAUCAAACAUCUCCAAUCCCACUUGCAAAUGAAGAUGACUUCAACAACCUACAUGAAGCAGCCAUCAAGUGCAAGGACCCUCAAGCGAAGGUUAUUAUCAAGGCUAUUCUCAAGAAGGUACAUCAGAUGAGGAUGGGGAAAGAAAACAAUGUUGGCAGUGAUGACAAAGAUGAUGGGACCGACGAUGACAGUGCCGACAGGCCAAAGAAGAAGAAGAAAAGCAAGAAAACCCCAGAUGAACUUCCAUUGAACAUCGAGGUUGCUGCACACGUCAAGACACUGCGGAACUGGUGGGUCUGUAACAAGGCAGGGUGCCUAUCGAGUGGCCAAUGCUACAUUCCUCCGGACAAUAAAGAACAUUUUCCGCUUAGCCACAACCACUUUCAGAUUUGGGCUGCUGCAAUGGCGAAGAAUCCACCCCUUGCGACUGUAAACCAACCUCCAAACCAUCAUGCUUUUGAUGGUUUGCAUGACAACCAAAUGGCUGCGAAAUCACCUCUCCUUCAGCGA